AUGCCGAUAAUAGGAGCGGAUUUCCUAACCCAUUACAAACUAUCUGUUGAGUUGGCGUCACAAACUUUAACUGACACAAGCACAAAUUUACAACGUUGUGGUUUCAUUUCUAAGUAUUCGACAAUCGGUCUGACUACUGUUAUACCUACAGCCAAUGGCUACGAAAAGAUAAUGUGUCAGUACCAAUCGCUACUGUCACUGUCAACCCAUAUUGAACCCGUAAAGCACCAUGCUACCCAUAGUAUUAAAACUACAGGACCUCCAGUCCAUUCUCAACCUCGCAGGCUCCAUCCGAGUAAACUAAAAAUAGCUCGCGACGAAUAUGACAACAUGCUCAAAUUAGGUGUAAUCCGUCCUUCAGCCAGUCCUUAUGCCAGUCCUCUACAUACGUUAUCUAAAGCUGACUCAGCCAGUUGGCGUCCGUGCGGCGAUUACCGAUUACUAAAUGCACAAACUCUCCCGGACAAGUACCCAAUUCUGCAUAUUAAAGAUUUCGCCCUUUCGUUAGAAGGCGCUAAAUUAAGCUAA